AAAUUUCAAAUUUCACUUUGGCAAUGUAACCGCUGAUCGCACUACCGGCAGGUUGCCCAAAUCAUGAACAGUUCUCCUAUCUUUGGGACGAUCAAACACGCAACCCACUGCCUUGCGAUCUCACCAACAACUUUUACCUUGAUGCCAUCGGUAUCCCUGGAUGCACAUUGUCUUUCUACUACUGGAAUUCAGGCUGAACCAUUUACCCCGAUCAAUCAGAUAUCAUCCCUCAAAUCUCACUUUGGAGAUGUAAGUGCUGGAUUGUGGUUAUCAAGCACGAAUGCGAUCGUCAUACGUCCAACAAAUCCCCCCGCUCACUCGCUCCAUCCUCUAAUAGUAUGACCCUAGUCUCGAAUGAUCCCAGUUGGUGGCCACUCAUCAAUGGGAAUGUUAUUUUCAGCUAUUUUGCAGUUGCCGCCUCUGUUGGGGUGAUGUACGAUUGGGCGCUUACUUUUGGACGAGAGCUUGAACUGAUCUGGAGGCAACGCUGGUCCUUGAUGACCUUUCUCUACCUCAGUGUGCGCUAUGCUGGAAUAGCACAUGCUGUGAUGAACAUUUUGAUUAGUGUUCCAACUAUUUCGAUGACAGAUGCAGUGAGCCUUAUCAUAAACGACGAACUUGAUUGGAUGGCUGACAUCGUAAAUGUAAUACUGGGCGUCAUCAUGAUUGUUCGGUUACAUGCCGUGUAUCAGCGAUCCAGAAAGGUGCUGAUAUUUCUCGUCGUCAUCUUUCUAGCCAUCAGAAUUGCCAACGCAGUGAUGACCGUAAUAAUAACGAUGCAGAGUUCAGGGGAGGAAUUCGUUCUCUCCGGCACCUAUCAGUGCAUGUUUGACUCCGGGGGAGAUUUCGGAUUUCUUGGUUCCAUGACUUGGAUACUUGACAUUGUAUGGGAGGUCGUUGCACUGUGUCUCGCGGUCUGGAUUGCUGUAAAGCACUUCCGUGAGCUGCGCCAACACUCAAAAGGUAUUAUCGGUGACUGUUUCACUGUGUUAAUGGAAACUCAUGUGAGUUACUUUGCGAGAUCGGUUUUAUCUCUCCAACGCUCAUAGCGGACUCAGAUUCCCUAGGCCCUCAGAUUUAUGGUGGUUUCGCUCAGAUAUUCCAGUUUGUGGAAUUGUUUGUGCUGGGACCACGCCUGAUCCUCGGUAUUCGAGAAUACCACGCUGAGCUCAUGGCCAACUCUGAUACAGCAA